AUGCAGGCGGUUCCAGAGUCGCGACAGCAGUCGUUUGAGGAGAUUUAUGGCCCUCCGGAGAAUUUCCUGGAAAUAGAGGUCCGAAACCCCCAAACACACGGCACAUCGCGCAACAUGUACACCAGCUACGAGAUCGUCUGCCGCACCAACAUCCCCGCCUUCAAGCUCAAGCACUCCGUCGUGCGCCGCCGCUACUCCGACUUUGAAUACUUCCGCGACAUCCUCGAGCGCGAGAGCACGCGCGUCACCAUCCCGCCGCUGCCGGGCAAGGUGUUUACGAACCGCUUCAGCGAUGACGUGAUUGAGCAUCGCCGGGAGGGUCUGCAGCGGUUUUUGCAGAUUGUGGCUGGUCAUCCGUUGUUGCAGACGGGGAGUAAGGUUUUGGCGAGUUUUAUACAGGAUCCGAACUGGGACCGCAAUGCGUGGUAA